UAUAUAAAAAAAAGAAGAAAACUAUGGGAGCUGAGCAAUCGGCUUUGUUAGCUUGCACUCAAACGGGCAAGCCGGAAAGUCCGCUGAAUUUGGAAAAUUCUAAACAAUUCUUUCAAUUGUAUUUCGAUAGAAUGCCUGAGCCUAAAACAGGACCCGUUACAGAGGCGUUGCUGCAUUUGAUAAAGAAUGCACCACGCCCGAAUCUAGAGUUCGGGGAGCGCGCCAACUGGGCGAAUCAGCAGGAACAGGAUUCGGGCUAUGAGAACGAUGAGCUGGAAAUGGAAGAGUCUAGUGAGACAGACGAGGAGAAGCCGGACAUCGAUAUGAUCUCCGAGGAAGAGGAGCAAACAGUUGAUCAAUUAUCGGAGAGUGGAAUGAGCACGGCUUCGAGUUCAACUACUUAUGAUAACCACAAUAUUGAUGAGAGCAACGUUGAGCUGAUUCCAUUAGAAUUCGUCAAUCUGCAGCCCUUCGAGAGUCUCAAUAUAGAUGAUCCGCAGCUGGAAUUCGAGAGGGAGUUCAUAAUAAGCAUUGCCGACAUGAAUGAAGAAUUAUCAUAGUCUAAUUUUUACAUAAAUUAAA